AUCCCAAUAACCCGAAUUGUUAGUAGAUGUUCAUACAUGAUAGUUAACUAUUUUCUUAUAUUGUGAAAAUGUUUUGUUUCAAGCAGUGCUAAAAAGUGAACUGAGUUGGUUGAGCUCUAGAUGAACCACCCGAAUCAACCGAGUCCAAGUUUUCACUAAACCGGGCAGCAUUGGCACAAUCCUAUGUCUAUGUCGUGGUUCAACCGAGUUGACUCUGGUUUAAUAUAUUCUUCUUGUUUCUGGAUGGGACAGACAGUUCAGUAUAUUCUUGGAAAGAAGUUCAAGAAGGACCUUUUUCCUCUGCUACAUGUACUGAGAGAUAUUCAGCUCUGGCCUAUACAGAAAAAUAACCUGUCAGAAGCGAGAAGGACAACCUUCCCUCUGCUCUCUUUUGUGGAAACUCCCCUAGGGUUUUGGCUUACCCGGCAGAAACCAGAUCUCCAGCUAGGAAAAUCGAAACCAAGCUGCUGGUAAGUAACGUGAAACAACUCUUCAUUUCUCGCUCCUUUUGCUUUUACUUCCACUUAAAGAAACCCAUGGCGUUUUGAUGCCCAAAGUUCAAGAACACCCUUCUGGCGAAAUCUAUCGAUCGAAACUAUUUCCCGCGUUUGAGGAAAGCAAAUGUUUAAACGUUAAAGACUGUGGUUCCUUGUUUCUGUGAGUUGAGUUUGAUACUUCCAUGAAGCUUUUUGGGUUUGAUCUUUCUAAAGUUCUAAGCUUUCUUGCGCUUGUACAUUAUUUGAUCUGCCGAGCUGGAAAAAAUGGCUUCUAGACUCACAUUGCCGGGUCGAACCUCAUGGUUUUCUGCUCUCUGUUCCCCCUCUUUCAAUAUUGCUUAUAAAUCUUUCCUGCUUGACAAUCUGUCGAGGAAAAGGUAGGGAAAGGACAAAGAGUAGGGAAAUGUAGGUUAUAGAAACCCUGUUUGUCUUCUGGGAAAGGUAGGGAAACCAUCUGGGAGCCCAUGAAUUUUAGCUCCAGGAGAGAAAAAGAAGUCAGCUGGAACCACGAAACUGAUGCGGAUUUGAAUUUUCAGGGGAAGAACAGGAGGAGCGACGUUCAAAUUAAGAUUGAGAAGUGAGUGAAGUGAAGUAUUGGAAUGGCUCCUAAACUAACAAAAGCGGCAAGAACGGAAAAGGCCUGCAGGGCACUGAGAGAUCUUCGCUUCCCUGUUGAUAUGAUUAGGGCAAAGUUGGAGGAGCUACUUCGUGUCCAUAGAAAGAACUGGAAGGAUAUUGAAGACUCCAACUAUUCACUUCUGAUCGAUGCUAUAUUGUCUGCAGAAGAAGAGAAACAGCCUGAGAAGGUACCCACAGCAGCAGACCCAGAAGCAAAGCAAGUAAAAAGGUCCAGCAAAGGUACAUUAUCCCCUCCCCAAGGAACAUCUGGACACGAGGCUAGACAUGUUGGCUCAAGGUACCGGAAAGGGGAAGGGAAAGCUUCAUCCCCGAGUCCAUUGAAAAGGAAGAGGGAUCACAAGGCUGAAGCUUCAUCAGAUUCUGAUGGUGAUCUCUUACCUGGAGAGUUGGAUUUAGAAGAAGUUUCAGGGAAAAGGUCAUGCACAAGAAAGAAGAAAGUGGCCUCAAGUUCCAGUUCUAAAAAGGUGUCUGGAGCUCGGAGAAAGGACAAGAUUCUGCCUGGACCAUGUUCAGGGCUUGAUGCUGAAUCUGAAGAUUACAAGAGUCCAACUGUGAGUAAGCCUACAAACCAGGGAAGUGCAAGAGAUGAGGAUACCAAAAUAAGGCUAUACACAAGAAGGAAGAAAGCUGCUUCACUCUCAAGUCCUCAAUACCACGAGAAGGUGAAAGGGUCUUGCCAAAAAACCGAGGUUAAGGUUGGAGCAAUUUCGAGGCCAGAUCAUCGAGAGAUAGUAGCAAGGGGUGGCUGGGAAACACAAGUUAAGAUUGUACCAAACUCAGGAUCAGAUGACGACUCUGAAGAUGCUGAGACUCCACUGAUUAGGCGGAGAACAAAACGCCAGAGAAGAGAGGAUGUGGCAGAUAUACUUCCUGCUUGGGAAAAUGAAACUGGCUUAAUAUGCUAUGGGAACCCACUUAAUCUUUCUCCGAUGGAUUAUGCGCUUGACAUGUACCUUAAUGAUCCCCGAGAUAUGGUCAUGGAGAGUCCGUACACUAUCAACAACCACCUCCAAGAUGACAUUCCUUUAGCCUUUAUCCCUCCAGCUAGAGAAAUUGAUCAUACCCCAGCAGAUGAAGUGAAGGUACUAGAGUACAAGUUUUCAGGUGUUACAGAAACAGCUAAAGAAGUAGCUGAUAACCCAGGAGAUAGCAUGAAGUUGCUAGAAUACACAUCUCCCGAUGCUGAGAUUACUGGUGCAGUGCAAUCAUCAAUCAAUGAUGAAGCUCUUGUGAGUGAAGAUGGCUUGAAUUUCAUUGACCAAAAGGUUGUCUCCGUGGAAGAUGAAGGACAUUGUUGUAUAGCAGAGGAGUACUGUGUUGCUUCAUCUUCAAUAGGAGAGAUGAGACUCUCCCUUGUUCGUGGCCCUUCCUUACCAUCCACCAUCUGCGUUCCAAAUGAAGUCAUAAAGGUGAUGGAAGAUGAAUGCAAAAAAUCUUACAAGAUAACGGAUCCUAGCUUCUCUUUCUUGAAGCUGAUGAAUGACUUCUGCAACCUUGUCUGCUUAAUGGAUAGUACCAUGAUUGAUGCCCCCACAAGUUCCACAUUUCAUCCCUCCGAUUCAAAUCCCUCCGCUAGCAGCUACAAGGCCACAGUGUUUUGUGCCCCCGGAAAUGAUGCCCCUGAUCCAUGCCUUAUAGCAUCAUUCAGAUUUCAUAAUCUCAUUGAGGUCACUCCACAAGUUCCUAAGCAUAUCAAGCUUGUUGGGUUUGGUUUCCUUCAGUCUAUCAAGGGCAUUGAAUUUGUGGGUAGUAAAACCAACAAAAUGAUCUCCAAGCUGCUAGAAGGCCCUAAAUGUUCAAGAUCAUUCAUCGGCCAAGCCACACAGAGAAAGGGUUAUGGUUAUCUUGAUGACAUAAGCAAGGGUGAGGAAAAAAUGGAGAUAUCAGUCCUUGAGGGAAGCCGUGCUAAAGAUCUGAAGAGAUUCAACUACAUUGCACAAAACAUGGUCCUUGGAGAAGCCAACAUUGAAGUUAAACUUGGUGUUCCAUCGAGCAAAGGCUGUUGCUAUCCAGAGUGUGUUGGUGAUUGCCAAACUACGAACCCACCGUGCAAGUGUGGUCAACUAAAUGGUGGGGAGUUUGCAUACACGCAGUCAGGUUUGGUAAAAGAGCAGCUUUUGAGGGAAUGGUCAUCUAGGAAGGACACCACCUUUUAUGGGCAUUACUUGUCUAGGCCCCAUAUGGAAAGCAAUUUCAUAAAGGAGUGCUGGUACAGCUGUGGAUGCUUAAAGAAGUGUGGCAACAGAAUCGUCCAGCGUGGCAUAACGAGAAAACUGCAGGUGUUCUGGACUCCUGAAGGGAAAGGCUGGGGAGUUCAAACUCUUGAGAGCUUGCCGAAGGGUGCUUUCGUAUGCGAAUAUGUUGGUGCAAUACUAACCAUGUCGGAGCUACACAGACAAGGUAGUAAAGGCAUCACGGAUGAAAAGAAUGCACAUAUCGUUCUGCUUGAUGCAGGCCGUUAUAUUUCUGAACCUGUCCUGAAGGAUUAUGGUAAAGAAGCACUAUGUUUGGAUGCUUCAGAGUAUGGAAAUGUUGCAAGGUUCAUUAACCACAGGUGUGGGGAUGCAAACUUAGUGGGGAUACCAGUUGAGGUGGAGACUGCAAGUCAUCAAUAUUACCAUCUUGCCUUCUUCACUACAAGGGAGGUAGAUGCCAUGGAAGAGCUAACUCGGGACUAUGGCAUUGGGUUCAAUGACCACCGCCAUACUGCGAAGCAAUUCCAGUGCCUCUGUAGCAGCCCUUUCUGCCGUGACUCUCAGAAGGACCUUAUAGUGAUCGACUGAAAUGGGAUUGUAAUGUUGUAGAAAGACUGGUAGAGGACAGGCAUUAAUUUGGUACUAGGGUUGCUUAGCUGGCUGUAUUAGUAAUUGGGUUAGUUUACCAAUUCAUUCAGAUUCAAGUACAUUAUGACCUGUUAAAUGUUACAACUGUGACACAACCUUCCACACGAAUUUGACAUGGAUGGAGUUCUACUAAUGGAUGAAAAAAGUCGAAGCAGCUUCUCGAGUUGGUGACUAUCUUCACAAGUUUCUUCAUCCCAGUCUUCGAGUUGAUCAAAAUUCUCGAUUACCAACAGACAUCCAUGAUUCUGUCUUCUACAUCCAAGUUAAGAAAGUUACAAACUGUUG